AUGGGAGGGCGGCUGGGAGGCAGGUGGGCGUCGGCCAGGUCGGGGCGGGAGGUGGACUGGAUCGGCGAGCUGGGCGCCGGGGCUGUGGGCCGGGAGGAAAGGGUGGGGGCGGCGGCCGAGGCGCCGCCGUCGCCGGGAACCGGGCACCUGGCCGGGCAGAGGGCGGCGGCGGUGGUGGGAGCGUGCCCUCGGGGCCGAGACUCCCCCCGGCAGGUGGGCGGCCACGCCCGGGGGGCCGGAUUGAGCCCGGGUGACAGCGGAGCCGGCGCGCCCGGCCGAGCUGGAGCGGAGGGCGUGUCCUGCCUGGAGCCCGGGGGUGUGUGUGUGCGGGUGGCAGUGGCGACAGCGGUCCCCAGGUUGGUGACCCGGGCGGUUCAGGGAUCCAUUUCCUGUAGUGGCGCUGGGACCGUCGCCCAGAGGCAGACCGGGCCGGACCAGGUCUGCAGCACUCCCACCCUCACCCCUCCCUGCUCCCUGGGGUAG